CGACGCUCGUCCCGCUGCUCGCCCGCGCCGCGCCCGCGGUUCGACGCUCGAUCGCCGCCCGGUCCCCGUCCCGCUCGGUCGCCAUGUCCGCCAAGGGCAAAGGUAAGAAGGGCGGGGACGCGAACGACGCGAAGGACGGGUACGGCGGCGAGGCGUCCGUCGGCAAGGCGACCGGCGGCCAGACAUCCGCGGACGCGCUGACCGCCGCGGCGCUGAAGGAAGCCGGGAUCAGCGUCAUCCUCGGGUCCAAGUCGUUCACGCGCAAGGCGAUCCUCAAGGAGAUGGGUAUCCCGUACGAGGUCGCCGUCGCUGACAUCGACGAGAAGGCCAUCGGAGACAGGACCGACUCCCCCAAGGACCUCGUCAUGGCCAUCGCCGUCGCGAAGGCUGACGCCAUCGUGAGGAAGAUGGCUGCGGAGCUCGGUCCCGACAUGGACGGCCAGUGGCCCAUCGCCAAGGACACCAUGCUCGUGACGUGCGAUCAGGUGGUGGUGCACGACGGCGUGGUGCGGGAGAAGCCCGAGUCGAAGGACGAGGCCAGGGAGUUCAUCCGCGGGUAUGGAGUAUCGGCGCCGUCAACCGUCGGCGCCAUCGUGGUGACCGACCUCGAGACCGGCGGGAGGUGCGUGGCCUUCGACCGCAGCACCGUGACGUUCGCGCCGGUCCCGGAGGAGAUCGUGGAGUUCCUCGUGAAUGAGGGCGAGUGCAUGAACUGCGCGGGCGGGCUGAUGGUGGAGCACCCCAAGAUGGCUCCGCUGGUGACCGAGUUGGACGGCGCGAUGGACUCCAUCAUGGGCCUCGGAAAGAGGGUCGUGGGUGGCUUGCUGAUGGAGGCGCUGCUCGAUCGCAAGCUCAAGGGUCUGUCCGGCGGCAUCAAGAAGGAGUUCAUACCCGAGGAUCAGCGGGUAGAGAAGAGUUAACGUCAGUAGCGUAGGCGGGAGCUGUGGCUAAUCUACAGCGCUACUAAACCU